AAGGCUUGUAGAAAUUUCAUACAGUUAUGUGUGGAAGGUUAUUACCAUGACCCUAUAUUUCAUACACAAGGUGGUGAUCCCACAGGUACAGGAGAAGGUGGUAAAAUAUAUGGAGAACCAUUUAAAGACGAAUUUUAUACAAGUUUACGUUUUUGUCGACGAGACUUAAUUGCUGGGACUAAUGCUGAAGAUGACAAUGAUUCCCAAUACUUUUUUAUUCUUAGUUCUACACUAGAUUUGCAGAAUAAACAUACAAUCUUUGGUAGUGUUACUGGUGAAUCUACAUAUAGUAUGAUUAAUCUCGAAGGAGCACAUGUAGAUGAGAAUGAUAAAGCACUUUAUCCUCCAAGAUUGAUAAAACCUAUAAUAUUGAACAAUCCAUUUUCUGAUAUUAUACCAAGAAUAAUAGUACAGGAAUGUGAAGAAGUAAAAGACAGUUCAGAAACUCAUACAGCAGGAGUAAAACAUUUCAAUCUUCUAUCAUUUGGUGAAAAAGCAGAGAAAGAUGUAGAAGAAUCUGUGAUAUUAAAUAAAAAGUUUAGUGGUAAGGGCAAAUCAAGUCAUGAUCAUUCAACUGUUCCAAAAUUAAGUUCACAACCAGCUGUUGAACCACCUGGACUUGCAAAUAAAAGAAGGAAGGAAGGCCGCAGUAGCGAUUGGGAAAAUGUCGAAGAAGUAAAAACUCAAGAGGAAUUAGAAUUUGUAAAGAAAGAGAAAGAAGCAAUUAAGAAAAGGAUUAAAGAUACAUUGAGAGAUACAAAAAAGGAACCGAAGAAAGUACAAACUUAUAAAAUAGAUGAUUUUGAAGAUGAUAACGGUAUAAAGGAAAAUAAAUAG